AUGGACUCGAGCGAGACGCCUUCGUCCACCUCGGACUUUUAUGCCACGGAGUCGGACAACAAGCAGCCAGGAUUGCCUUUGCCGCCGGAUAUGACGGAGCCACAGGCUACGACCACCGCCCCUCAGGAUCCGGAGCAGGACCAAGCCACGGAUGCCUCCUCGGAUAUGGAUAUCUCGGACGCAAGCCGGCCUAGCUCCCCAGUGCCAUCAAAGGAGCCAUUGCCACAACCAUUGCCACAGCCAUUGCCGCCGCCUAGCCAUGCCGGCGUCAAGCGUUCACUUGAUGUAGACACUGACGUGACUGACCACGGUAAUGCAGAGUCAACAGACCAUCCAUCUCAGCGGCGCAAGCUGUCAUUACACCCCUCCCUUCUUGUCAGCAGCGACUCAACUGCAGACUCUCCAAAGUGGCACCCGGAGGGUGUCAAAGCCCUUCCUGAGCAACUAUGGCAGCAGGUAUUCGUCAAGGUCGCACCCGCUGACCUCGAACGCUGCGCAUCGAGCUGCCGGGAGUUCAGACGCAUUCUCACCAGCACAGCCCAGCCAACGGAGAUAGGUCCACACCAGGUGAUCGGCGCACGCAAGCUCUUCCCUGCUGUGCACCAAGUCCAAGCAAGCGAAACUGUUUGGAAGCAGUCCAGGCAAUGCUUCUACCCCUUUCUCCCACGCCCCUUGAGAGGCUUUACCGAGAGGCAAAUGCUCAGGUUGCUCUUCUCGACGACGUGCCACAGAUGCAACCGCCCUCCGUCCAGGCCACCGCCCGCAACCUCGGCGUAUGAUCGCGGGCCUGGUCUCCACAGUGUCCGGAUCAUCUGGCCGUUCGGCGAAAUCACCUGCGGCCCCUGUCUUCGUGACACCACCAUUUCGGAUGUGCAACUCCUGGUGAAGGGUGAAGUAGGGCGAGUGCUCAAGAAUGGGAUCACCCACAUCUUCCUGACGCCCCAGUCUCACUACAUCUCGGAGACGCAACGCACCUCCAAAGAAGGCAUCCCUCAUAACCUCCAGGCCACCAAAGUAUACCGCAAGAGUGAUUUCGAAAACAUCCACAUGGAGUUCGAAGACGCCAAGCGUCUCGAUGCCGCAGAAGGGUGGACGCAAGGCCUUCCAAAGAGAGGUAAAGACCUCAUGUCGGAUGCUGCCAGAUGGGAAGUCUGGGAGAAGAAGCUGCCACCUGGCCAGCAAAUCUCGCAAGUGCUCAGGGAGUAUCAUCCGUCUUCUUUUCCGCAUUAUCAUAACAGGAUCAAGUCGGCUGGGACGGAUGUAGGACGUCCAGCGGUCGCGACGAACGGUGCAGGCAUGAUGUCACAGACACUGCUUAACGGAACGCCAACGAUAAGUGCUGGAACAUCGAUGGCACCCCAGAACCACUUUGGUGCCUCUCCGCAAGGAUACGCGUCUUUUUAUCCCACGAAUUCUGGACCUCCAGGAGCACUGCCUUAUCCUAUGCACAAUGGACACCACGAAUACGUUAUGCCGCCAGGCACACAGCCCUGGUCGCAGCAAGGAUACACAGCAUCAGACAACUCCAAACAAGCCAGGACUCCUCAGGACAUUCAAGCAGCACGCCAAGCUCGGAAAGCUGACAUAGAGCGGAGGUGCUCGGCUCUCGACCCUCCGAUCAUACCGGAGGUCUUACAACAUGCGCCGUCUUUCAAGAAUGCGAUGCAGAUAUCCCAGCCGAUGACAGAUCUGGCAUGGGAGCAGCUUCGACCACACUUGGAAGACCAAAGAGACCAUGCCGUAGAAAUGGAGCAUGACCGCCAAAUGCAAAUGGCCGAAUUCCGCUCUGCACAGCCUUUCACAGCCCACGUGCAGGAUGACACGAGACCCGCGAAAGAAGUCUACGGCGAAGCCUACGAGCGCGCUCAGGAAUCGCUGCGACUGAGGCUAGGUGAGUAUGCGGACGAAUUCAUGAAUACACAAUGGCAUUCGGGUCCACUCAACAGGCAGACUUGCCCUCAAUUUGCGACUGAGUGUAUCGACUACGUCUACGGGAAGUACGUCAAGGAUGUCGAAGAUGACAAGCUUCCGAAGCCUGAGCGCACACAGGGAAUGUUCUACGGCAGUUUCGCAGAGCCAUUCCUCUCUCUCGACAACAUGAAAUGGGUCUGGGAUCACAAAAUCAAGCCUCACGCUGAGGAGUACACUCGAGAGCUGUUCACCUGCGCUAAGUGCGAGGAUGAAGUACGCUCAAAAGAUGGACCAUUUUCCAAAGAUCAAUCACGCUCGAAGGAUGAGUCACGCUUGAAGCGCUUUGCGUUCGAGUCGCUCAUCCAACACUGCGGUGCCAAGCACGACUAUGAGUUUAACAAGGGCAAUGUCGUGGUUCACUGGCAGACAGCUAAAUGGCCAGACCCUCCUCCCUUCGCCAAAGAGAAAGUCAAAACAAGGCAGAACUUCAACGAGAACGGUCACAGGCAACACCAGACACAGAAGACCAAGUCUUCGAAAGUCCAACGCCACGGCUACACAUCCGACGAGUAUACUCAUGCCGACACCCCCUACAACGGCCAAGCUCAGCACCAGUACGAUCAAUCGACGUAUGGGGAUGGUCAACACCACCACGACCUCGCAACGUACGGCCACGCCCACCAGCAUGAACUGCCAAGCGCGUUUCCGGAGGACAGGGAGACUGCUAUGACCGAUCAGUUUGCGAUGUACGCUCGUGAAAUCUGGGACGCCUUGGAGGGAGUCCCUGGACUUCCUGUCCCAAUCCGCAUGCACACUACCAUUCACCACGCCUGCGCACGCUUUUCUGCACAUUUCCGUCAAUAUCCGAGGUUGGACACUGUCACUUCUGCUCUUGCUUCAAACGCUUUGAUGCAACCAAUCAAGGCAGCGAACCAGCUGGUCUGCAAGGUCUGCGUGCAGCAGCAGGACGAUCGCACCGCCGCGACAGCAGUCGAGUAUUACCCGCGCAUCAAGCACAUGACUCCCAUUGGCUUACAACCAUUGAUCAAUCACUUCAAGCUGCUGCAUUUACCAAGCAACCCGUACGCCGACUGGACCACCGGUAUGAUCGAGCUGCCAGAAGACAAGGCGAUCUUUAAAUUACUUCGCACUCCAGGAAUGGACGACACCAAGCUAGGACUCGUUGCUGCUGCGAUCCCGGGAGUCUUCCCCACACAAUUGCCCACAAUCGGCACGAUCAUGGCAGAUGCUCCGAAUGUCAACCAGCAUGAAGAGGCCCUCGAUCGCAUGUUCGCCCGUGGUGCCAAACCGAAGAUGCAAGGAAAGAAGAAGAAGAAGGGUCGAGGUGGCAUGGAUGGGACGCCAGGCGGAGAGACCAUGGGCGCCAGGCAAGGAGCAAGAGACGAUGAAUACGACCCAAGACGCCCAGCAGUGGUGAGGAACGAACAAGCGCCUUUCGACCCGUCUCGCUUUGACACCGGGUACAUUCCCAACCCGGAUGAAGCCAGCUUCGGCAACCCUACGCGCGAGCCUGCACAGACGGCCCCAAGCAUCAGUCUGGCGGAUAUCUUGGCGGCUCAUACGAAAAGCAACAACACUCCACAAGAAGGGCAGUCGCACAACGGACCCGCAUACGCUUCGUCCAACCCAUACGCACCGACCGCCGCAUAUUUGCCUUCCACACAGCAUCAGCAUGCACGUAGCCCUUCCGUCGGGGCCCCCGAGCCUGCUCAACAGUCGACGAACAACGGACUGCCUGCAGACAUCUCAUCCAUGCUGGCCCGGCUCGCUCCACACCUGCAGCCACAGCGCGCCACAGCGACGCCUCCGGUCGUCCCUCGUCCUGUGAGCGCUUCUCACCAAACGUACGCGCACUACCAGCCACAGCAGUUCGUGCAGUACCGUGAGGAGCCUCCGGGCUACGGAGAGCCGGCAAUGUACGAUGCCAGAGAAAUGAGGGCUGUGCUGGGGCACAACGCGGCCGCGCACGAGCGCAACCAUCUCGGGCGCGUAGACUGGGCGGAGGCGCCCACAUCGUCGACUGUGGUGGGGCGUUCUCCGCCCCGCUAUGAGUAUGAGAGGGAGAGCGCCGCGCCGGCGCAGCCGGUGCAGUGGGUGCGUGUUGCGGAGGCCGCCCCUCCUCCGCCGCACCAAUUCGGCGGCCCCAGCUACAGCGGGAGUGGUGCCCUGCCAGAGCAGUGGGUCGUCGACGAGAACGGGCGCUACAUCCGCGUCGUGCCGCUGGACCGUCCUUGGUACCAGUAG